AACUGCAUGCGUGAUUGUACAUCGCAAGCCUCGUCUUCACACCAUGAGCUACUCAGUAACCAGGCUGGCCCACUCCAUCAUCCAGCCCAGCGAAUCUACACCAUCCGUGACGUUGGAUCUCUCCGCCAUCGAUAGCCUCCCAGCCCUACGAUGCAAGAUCCGGACCUUACACGUGUUUAAACAUGGCCAAGACGCGGCAACGGUCAUAAAGGUGGCCCUGUCCAAGGCACUGGUUCCCUACUAUCCUCUGGCCGGUCGAUUUGUAGAAUCUAGACCGGGCCUGCUGCAAGUCGACUGCACCGGAGAAGGAAUCUGGUUCGUCGAAGCGUCCGCUAACUGCAGCCUCGAUGCCGUUAAUUAUCUCGAUAACGAUCUCACGGAUUCACGGUUCAAUCUUCUGCCAGAUCCACCGUCGGAUAAGGUUGGAUUUGAUCCACUCGUACUGAUACAGGUGACGCAAUUCACCGGCGACGGAUUCAUUGUCGGCCUUGAAUUCUCCCACGGUAUCUGCGACGGUCUAGGCUCGUCGCAAUUCCUAAACGCCGUCGGCGAACUUGCCAGGGGCUUUCAAAAUCCCAGCAUUGCACCGGUCUGGUGUCGAGAAGCUCUCACCGCUCCGCCAAGGUUCACACUCGCUGCGCUAGAGCAGAAGCCGCCGCCUCCGCCUAACUACAAGCUACAGCAAUCCAACAUGGAUAUUUCUCUAGACUACGUGGGCCCGCUCAAGCGAGCCUUCUUCGAGCAGACUGGCCGAACAUGCUCGGCAUUUGAAGCCAUCACCGCGAGCAUCUGGAGAUACCGAACACGGGCAAUUGCAUUAGAGACCGACACCGACGUCAAGCUUGUUUUCUUCGCGAAUGUGCGGAAGCUGACCGAUCCGCCAUUGCCCGAAGGAUACUAUGGUAACUGUUUCUUUCCUGUCAUUGUUACGGCCUCCAGCUGGUGGCUUGCUGGGGCGACGAAUAUCGACAUUGUGAGAUUGAUCCAGGAAGGGAAGGAAAAGUUGAGGGCUGAAUUCGGUAAGUGGAUGGCCGGAGACUACGUGGGCCACGAGAUGGACCCAUUCGCCCCACCCCUAACGUACAGCACGCUGUUCGUUUCGGAGUGGGCCCGGCUGGGUUUUCGCAGCGUCGACUAUGGGUGGGGGCCGCCGAUUAACUUCAUCCCAAUACAGUAUUCCAACAUCGUCCCCGUCUGCGUCUUCGGAGCGCCGACUCUGCCAAUGACAGGUAUCCGGCUAAUGACAUGGUGCAUGGAUGAGGCCCACCUAGACGCGUUCCGUGAUCAGUUGCUGAGCCAAGCUGUGUAGCUAGCGGCCCAUCAAAGAUAAAUUUCUUGCUUUAUUUUCCUAAAUGUGUAAUAUAAUAAUGCUAAGAUCCUCUAUCAUUCGAAAUGCAUUCCACAACCACUAUGAGGCCCAAAAAAUCAACGUGCUGUUUAAGGGAAGUUUGGGA